UCUUUUUAUUUUGUCCCAAAAUACACGCCGUAGUCAAAAUGUCGGCGGGGCGAAUGGUGACGGACCUAAGAAGAAAUUCGUUUGCUUCACAAAUUUAAGAACAAGUAAUUUUUUUGUAGAUAUAUUGUAGUUGUGUUUCAUGGCCUGGAGUAAUGUCGUCGUAGGCAUAGGAAGCAAAAGUCACUGUAAAUGUUGGUCCUCGAAUUCUCGUUGUCAGGCGAACGAGAGGCUUAGCAGUCGAUGCUAUAUUAUGCUGCAUUGAUAUAAUUAAGACACCGAGGACAAAAAAGAGCUGACAAGUGUAAAGGGUCAGUCGUUUCGUCACUUUUGAGAACUGCAAAGGGGAAAAUGGCCGACCCACUCGUAACCUUUCAGUCGCAGCUUUCCGGUGUGAUGGAGACGGUAUUCAAAGCCGCCAUGUAUGAGAUCACCAGACUUGUGCAGGACAGUUUCGUUGAGGAGGUCGCACGGUGCAGGGAGCAGGUCGAGCGUCUAAAGAGGAGACUAAAAUGGUCGGAGAGCAAACGCAGAGAGCCACAGGGCGACAGAGGACUGAAAUGUGCAGACUUCAGUGCACUGCAAGUGCCCAACAAAGAGAAGCCAAAAGUGAUGCAGAUAGAUAAAAACCUUAAACAAGAGAGUGAACUGCAAGAAGAUAUGCAAGGCCAAGAAGAUGCUGCUGAACAUCCUUCUCGUAUAGAAGAGGAGGUCUGUGUCGAUAUGAAAGUGUCACAGUCUUCAAACGUGCCAAAUCUAGACCGGCUGCUGAAGGAGGAAGCCCUUCGCUUUACACCCGAAGAUAAAGAUUCCGAAGACGUGGAUGAAGCAGAGACGUCAGUUCUGCCCGGGCCAAGUAAACAAUCACACAUAAACUGGGGAGCAAGCUUUGACCAGACGUUGGAAUCUUCUCAAAGUGUCCACUUGGAAACACCUCUGGAGGGCAGGUAUAUGAUGGAUGACUUUAAAAAGACUAAUUAUGGAGACACGAGCAUGGAUGAUGUUGCUAGUUUGGAACUUCAAGGAUCCUCGCAACCAGGCGCAGACAUGACUUAUACCAGUCACUAUGAAGGGGAUAGGGACGCACCGGAGGAGGCUAAGGAACAAACUUUCCAAACAAGUGAACUGAUAUAUGGGGGCAGCUCAAGAGGUGACACAGAUUUAAGGGAAUUAUCUUGUUUUCUGAUUAACGAGGACGGUUACAUUCAGAACCAGAGCCUCAUGCAUGCUUCAAGCAGUUCAAGCCAAAGAUUGAGCUACCAGGACCAAGGCGACACAUCUUUGGUGAGCACAGGAGAGAUGUAUGGGUCCUCGAAAGCAUUCCCUGCUUGUGAUAACGAACAUUUUAGAGCAGUGAGAGGAGCGAGGGGCCGUUUUUGUAACAAACGCUCUCUGUCCUUUCCUCACUCUGCUGCCCAUAAUGCACACAAGCAAACACACAGAGGAAGCGCUCCACCGUGCUCUUUUGAGCACUGCAAAAAAACAGUCACUCAAGCCUGUAACCUCGACGUCAGCCAGAAAAUCCAUUCAAGGCAGGAGCUUCACCAUUGCAGCCGUUGUGGUAAAAGUUUCUCAUCGUUCUCGGACCUGAAGACACACCAGUGUGGCCAGUGCGGCGACAAACGGUACUGCUGCGGCGUGUGCGGGAACAAAUUCAGCCGUUUGUGGAAUUUGAAGCUGCACCAGAGAAUCCACACCCAGGAAAAACCACAUCAGUGCACCACAUGUCACAAGAGCUUCACGCGAGCCGACAUAUUAAAGGUUCACCAGCGUACCCACACAGGAGAAAGACCAUACUGCUGUACUGUGUGCGGCCUUAGCUUUAAACGCCUGGAUCAUCUGAGAUCACAUCAACGCAAACAUUUGACACAUCUGAAACAUUAUUACAUUAUGUCCGAGCUGGACACACUCGUCGUCACCUUCCAGACACAGCUGUUGGACGUGAUGGAGACCCUGGUGAAAAGCGCCAUGUUUAAGGUCACACAGUUGGUCGAGGAUGGCUUCUUGGAGGAAAUGAAGCGCAAGAACCGGGAGCUGCAGACCCUGAGGGUGAAGUUGGAAUGUGCUGAAAGGAAAUUAAGUGACAAUGGUGUGAAAGAAAGAGGGACGAGUGUUGAUGCAAGUAGUGACACUGGCAACACUUCAGAAGAACUGCAAGAUGAUGUGUUGAAGGAAUGCGGUUUGAAGAGAGAGACCUACAGUGAUGACAGAUCAUUGAGAAGUCGAAGAACAGAAGAGGACCAGACACCAGCAGCUCUCACUCAUACACCAGAACCUACUGAUGUGAUGCCAGCGGUGAACGAUGGAAUCGGCCUGGAAGACUCCGACAUGGCUGCGCUUCUGUCAGUGGAGAUGGAUGCUGGUAGGACAGGCCAAACACUGCAUCAUCAGAACCUUGGAACUGACAGGAAGUGUUAUUCAGCCAAGGUUUUGGUCCAUCGUGCAGAGCAGGGGCUGGAAGAGUAUUUCACUGAAGGCAAUGUAAGUCCUGUUACUCAUGACAGAGGUCAGCUUUGUAGCUCCUCCCCUAAGGAAAGACUUUUGAAACUUGACUCACUUGGUGUGUCCGUCAAGCAGGAGACAAUUGUGGAUUGUGGGGGCAUCCAAUGUGUGAAGAAAGAAGCUUCACAGCCAGAAAUCUUGUCUUCUUGUGCAGUUAAGAGGAACAGAGAGAGUUCUUUUGCACCGAAGCAAAACACAAAUCCCCGUAAAACGACGGCACAAGAGCAGCUGAAGCAGAACUCUAACGUUGGCACGUUUGACAAAUCGCGGGCUGCCAUGAAGCAACUUAUUCGGCCUAUUAAAAAGCCUGCGCUGUCGAACAACACUUUAGCAUUGUCUUGCACUUACUUAAACAUAGACACCCUGAACCGUAUUCCUUCCACGUCUAAAGCCACGCCCCCUGCCACACUUCAGCGAAGUCACACUGCAAAUAAAUUCACCUCUGCCGUUAGUCGAACUGCCACCCAGUGUGUCAGCAACAGAUCCCAGGCUCACGCGCGCUCUUUGGCCCAUCCAGACGGCCACACGGUACACCCCUUGCGCUGCGGCCAUUGCGACAAAUGUUUCCCCCAUCUCAGCAACCUGAAAGCCCACCUGCAGAUUCACACGGGCGAGCGGCCUUUCUGCUGCUCUCUGUGCGGCCGCAGCUUCACCAAACUUAGCAACCUCAAAGCCCACCGCAGAGUCCACACGGGAGAGAGACCAUACUGCUGCCUAGCCUGCGGUAAACGCUUCACUCAGAAGUGCAACCUGAAACGCCAUCAGAGAAUACACGUGGACGAGUGACGGACACGGCGGUUAGGAAACCACAGUUUUUUUGUGUGGAAUUGUCCCUGAGAUUGUGUGUUUUUUGUCAUGUUGUACAGUUUAUAUGAUACCUUUGAAGGCAGCUUCUUGUAUUCGUCUCCUGGAAGUGAUUGCAAGCAUUUUAAAAUAGAAUGCCUUACUGUAUGUAACAAGUACAAUUUGGUUGUUGUUAACUGUGUCAUUUUCCAAUAAUUUGGGGUGUAGAGAUCCAAUAUUGAUAUUGGUCCGAUAUCAGCAAAAAAACAAGUGUCGAAUGAUAUCGUCUUCCAUGUAAAAUAUCUGAUACAAGCAGUCCUGCAGCGUGUUUACCUGUGUAAAACUGGAUAGCCAGUUAACAUCUAAAUGUAUUCUUAUAAGCACACACGCUUUUCUUGUAUUUUAGUCUCAUCAUUAACAAAAGGUAAACAUGGCAAGCUAUAGGCUACUACAGGGGUAGGGAACCUAUGGCUCUAGAGCCAGAUGUGGCUCUUUUGAUGACUGCAUCUGGCUCUCAGAUAAAUCUUAGCUGACAUUGCUAAAGACGAUAAGUAAUGAAUAUUUCUGCUGGUAAUCACAGUGUUAAAAAUAACAUUCGAAAUAUAAAACAUUCUCAUGUAUUUUUUAUCCAUCCAUUCGUUUCUACCGCACCCGUUUAAGAAUUCGCAUGAAUGGUAAGAAGUAUUUUAUUCAUUAUUGUAACUGAACACAAACAUUAUGUUAAAAUGUUAUAAUCAUAUUUAUUACUACAAACAUACAUUUUUAAGUGCAAAUAAUUGUGCAGAGACAUCCACUGUUUCAAGCAAAUAUUAUUAAAAAAAAACUUACAAUUCAGUGUUUUUAAAGGGAAAAACAUUGAGUGUAAAAAAAUGUUCACCAAUGUUAAUUUUGACAGGUUUUUAAAUUAGUUUCAGUUAGUCUUUUAACCAAAAUGUGUUUUAGUCAUGGGUUAGUCAUCUAAAUUAAUUUAGAUUUAGUCAACGAAAUUCCUAAACAUCGGUCUUGAAAGGAUUUUAUUAAUUAUAAUUGUAGAGCAUCUCAAAAACUGAAUUCACAACAAGACCUGCUCUCCAUCAAUAAUAUUUCAAUAAUAACAUUUCACACACACACACACUACUAUGAACAGCAUAGUGGGAGGGGGGUUUGACCGUGUGCCUCACAAUACAAAGGUCCUGAGUUCAAUCCCGGGCUCGAGAUCUUUCUGUGUGGAGUUUGCAUGUUCUCCCCGUGACUGUACAGGUUUCCACCGGGUACGGGACAAACGGUAGAAAUGGAUGGAUGGAUGGUUAGCUUCAGAAUAACAAUGUUAUUAAGAAGAAUAAGAGACUUAUUAUACUCUAAAUAUGUUGGUGCUACUUAAAAAUCCAUUCAUCCAUUUUCUACUGCUUCUUCGUUAAUGCACGCAUCUAGUUGUAUUCAGUGUUAAAAAAUAUUAUAUGGCUCUCACGGAAAUACAUUUUUAAAUAUGUGGCUGUCAUGGCUCUCUCAGCCAAAAAGGUUCCCGAGCCCUGGGCUACUAGGAGCUAGUAGCUACACAACAGUUAAGCACACAAUAGCACACAAGCCAGACAUACACGUUAAGUGUUCUUCAUUGAACAAUAUAGCAGUCUAAACCCGCACGUCAAUAUGAAAAAUAUCAAAUAAUUAUAGUUGCAUAUUAGUUCCACAUGCAAAGUCUCCCUGGCAGAAGCGUAUGAGAAAUUAUUCAGUAACAAACGUGUCCACAUCAUUCAGAUUACUGUGUUAUGACUUUAACUUCAUUGAAUUAUUGUGGUCACUUUGUGUUGCCAAAACAAUAACCCCUCCACUUGAAUUUCAAACACCGCACAGUCUAUUCCAAACAAUUACUAAUAAAUAUGAUAAUGUUUUUCAUACCUUAUAUUGUUGUCUGACUAAUUUCACUUGAUCAAAUCAGUUCUAACAUUUCACACCAUAAAAUAAACGUAUCUACUAUGAUUUGAGACUAUAUAUCCAGUGUUCGUAAUAACAGCGUUGUUAGUAGUGCCAUUACUUUUACUGGUAACAGGUAAUUUAAUUAUUUACUUUUAAUAACCGUUAUAACGCCGUUUAAGAGCUUGAUGUAACCUGGCACGCUACUUUUGAUGUGGUUUAUGGUCAACAAGACAUCUUUAUAGGUGCAGCAAAUAAUGCAGGAAAUACCGUUUUACUCGUGAAAGCAACAAGCACCACCGCACUAAAAUUAACUUUCUAUCAAAUAGGAAGAGGCAAUAUCACACUGUGACACAGCAGACAACAACAUACGCACUCGACCACACAAUGGGAAUAAUGAUCACCAAAUCAUAGAUUUAUGUGACAAACUUGCCAUCCCAUCAAUACACAGUUUGUUGACAAGAAAAUAUGACCGCCUUCAAAGCACAUACGAUGUCCUUAUUAGGCAGAGUUAACACAAUCUGGUGAAAAUAUUCAAAAGUGCUGGCGUCAGAGCCGACAAAUUGUCGCCGCUAAAGCUAACAAACAUAGCUCCGUUGAAGAUCUUUCUGAUAUUACACGUCACUUGGCAACAGGCCCCGCCUUUUAAAAGAACACACAAUGCUCUCAUAUGUAACGUCCCUCAACUACGUAAAAUAGAUUGUGAAGUUGUUGUUUUUCAAAGUAAAAUUUAUUACGUUCCCUUUUGUUAAAGACUAAUACAAUUACUUGUUGGUAAAAUAACGGGUAACUAUAAUUAAUUACUUUUUAGAAGUAUUUUUUAGAACACUAUAUAUCUCAUAUCGGAUCAAUAGCAGUAUCGGUCAAUCCUCAAGGCUCCAAUAUUGGUAAUAUAAUAGAAAUUAAAGAGUUGUUCCUGCAUACCCUUGCUAAAAAUAUUUGUUCAAGUAAUACACAAAUUCUGCCAUUUUUAUAUUCAGUAUACCUCUUUUACACAACUUGUUUAUUGCCAAAAUAUUGUCCCGAGUUUUUGUGUUCUGCCUCAGUUAUUGUAAGGUCUAAAACUUGUGUGUAGCAAGCUACUGUAAGCCGUUUGCCCGUGUAUCAUUCUGUGGCAUAGAGUGUCUAAACCAGGGGUGUCAAACUUAUUGCAGCUCAGGGGCCGCAUGGAGGAAAAUGUAUUCCCAAGUGGGCCAGACAGGCUAAAUCAUGGCAUAAUAACUUAAAAAUACAUCUACGACAAAUUAGGAUUGUUUUCUUAGUUUUACUUUAGUCGAAGAUAGAACAAGCACGUUGUUCAUUCGUAUCAGCAAUUUAACUUCAAAUGUAACACGGAUACAAACUCAUUACAUGCGAAGUGAGAUGUGUCAAACUUGUAUUUGUGGGAAUGUUGAUAAUCAUGGUUUACAGUUUUUGAAAACCAACAUUUGUUGGAGAAUUUCAAUUCAAAGUUUUAUUAAGCUGUAAGCCAUAAUCAUAAACAUUGUAUUAAAAGAAAGAUUUUAAUAUUUUGAGUUUCAUAUAAACAGAUGCUAUUAGUUUCACUUUGUCAAUCUGAUUGCUGAGAUAAACAAACCUUUGCACGAUAUAUUAAUACUUUUGAGUUUCACUUGUAUACAUGUAAUAUCUGCAUAUGCAUGUUAUUAUGUAUGUCAUGUAUGUACAGCAUUUAAUGUAUGUACUGUAUUGUA